ACGUAGGUGUGGGGCGGGGACACCUCGGCGGGGCGGGGCAGGCAAAGCCGUCCUACCUUCCUAUCCCCGGACUCCAACCCGGAACUAACCUCGGCUCUCUUGGGAAGGCCGCAUUGCAUGGCCAGGAACGUCAGUCUGGGCCGCGAGUGCGGGACACCAAGGUCAGGUCUCGGAAAGAGGGAGGACCUCCUCGUCCCCAGGGGCCCCAGGCCAGGUGUGCCCUUGGCCGCAGGUGCACGGUCUCAGAAAAGUGCAGGUGCCCACGCCCCGGCUGGACCAUGACGCCUCCGCGGAACGUAGUGAAGAUUGCCAUCCAGAUGCGUGACGCCAUCCCGCAGCUCAUCCAGCUGGACCAGGCGAAGCCCCUGGCCGCUGUGCUGAAGGAGGUGUGCGACGCGUGGAGCCUGACGCACUCUGAGCGCUACGCCCUGCAGUUUGCGGAUGGGCACAGGAGAUACAUCACUGAGAAUAACCGCGCGGAGAUCAAGAAUGGCAGCAUCCUAUGCCUCAGCACGGCCCCAGACCUUGAGGCUGAGCAGCUCUUGGGUGGGCUGCAGAGUGACAGUCGUGAAGGGCGCCGGGAAGCCCUGAGACACCUCGUCCCUCUGGCCUCGGACAUGACCUUUGCCAGGGAGGUCAUCAGCCGUAAUGGGCUCCAGAGACUAGGCACCAUCAUUGAGGAUGGGGACGACCUAGGAGAGGUGCUGGCCCUCAGCCUGAGGGCCUUCUUGGAGCUCAUGGAGCACGGCGUGGUGUCCUGGGAGACACUGAGCAUCCCCUUUGUGAGGAAGGUGGUGUGCUACGUGAACAUGAACCUCAUGGACGCCUCCGUGCCACCCCUGGCCCUUGGGCUGCUGGAGAGUGUGACCUUGAGCAGCCCAGCCCUGGGCCAGCUGGUCAAGAGUGAGGUGCCCUUGGAUAGGCUGCUGGUGCACCUACAGGUGAUGAACCAGCAACUGCAAACCAAGGCCAUGGCCCUGCUGACAGCCUUGCUGCAGGGGGCCAGCCCUGUAGAACGCAAGCACAUGCUUGAUUAUCUCUGGCAGAGGAACCUUCGCCAGUUCAUCUAUAAGGUAGGAGGUGGUGGGCCAGGGGCACCUCUGUGCCCCUCCCUCCCAGUGAGCCCUUGCUCAAACCUGGGUCUGGCUGUCCUGCAGAACAUCAUCCACAGUGCAGCACCAAUGGGCGACGAGAUGGCUCAUCACCUGUAUGUACUGCAGGCCCUCACGCUGGGGCUGCUGGAGCCGCGUAUGCGAACGCCCCUGGACCCCUAUAGCCAGGAGCAGCGGGAGCAGCUGCAGGUCCUACGCCAGGCUGCCUUCGAGGUGGAGGGGGAGUCCUCAGGUACCGGGCUGAGUGCUGACCGUCGCCGUUCCCUCUGUGCCCAAGAGUUCCGCAAACUGGGCUUCUCUAACAGCAACCCAGCGCAGGACCUGGAGCGCGUGCCCCCCGGUCUACUGGCCCUGGACAACAUGUUGUACUUCUCCAGAAAUGCACCCAGCGCGUACAGCCGGUUUGUGUUAGAGAACAGCAGCCGCGAGGACAAGCACGAGUGCCCCUUUGCCCGGGGCAGUAUCCAGCUGACGGUGCUGCUGUGUGAGCUGCUCCACGUUGGGGAGCCCUGCUCUGAGACAGCCCAGGACUUCUCGCCCAUGUUCUUCGGCCAAGACCAGAGCUUCCACGAGCUCUUCUGUGUGGGUAUCCAGCUGUUGAAUAAGACCUGGAAGGAGAUGCGGGCCACACAGGAGGACUUCGACAAGGUCAUGCAGGUGGUGCGGGAGCAGCUGGCCCGCACUCUGGCCCUGAAGCCCACCUCCCUGGAGCUCUUCCGAACCAAGGUGAAUGCACUCACUUACGGGGAGGUGCUGCGGCUGCGGCAGACCGAACGGCUGCACCAGGAGGGCACACUGGCUCCCCCUAUACUGGAGCUGCGGGAGAAGCUGAAGCCAGAGCUCAUGGUCCUGAUCCGCCAGCAGCGCUUGCUCCGCCUCUGUGAGGGGACGCUCUUCCGCAAGAUCAGCAGCCGGCGGCGCCAGGACAAGCUGUGGUUCUGCUGCCUGUCCCCCAACCACAAGCUGCUGCAGUACGGAGACAUGGAGGAGGGCGCCAGCCCGCCUACCCUGGAGAGUCUACCUGAGCAACUCCCUGUGGCCGACAUGAAGGCACUCCUGACAGGCAAGGACUGCCCCCAUGUCCGGGAGAAGGGCUCUGGGAAGCAGAACAAGGACCUCUAUGAGUUGGCCUUCUCGAUCAGCUAUGACUGCGGGGAGGAGGAGGCGUACCUCAACUUCAUUGCCCCCUCCAAGCGGGAGUUCUACCUGUGGACAGACGGGCUCAGUGCCUUGCUGGGCAGUCCCAUGGGCAGUGAGCAGACACGGCUGGACCUGGAGCAGCUGCUGACCAUGGAGACCAAGCUGCGUCUGCUGGAGCUGGAGAACGUGCCCAUCCCUGAGCAGCCACCCCCUGUGCCCCCACCCCCCACCAACUUCAACUUCUGCUAUGACUGCAGCAUCGCUGAAUCUUGACAAUGUGGCUGGUCACGGGCCACAGCUGCGGCCACUGCAGCAGCCAUGAAGGGUGGAGGGUAGAGGAGUGCAGGCACCCUGGCCAGCAGAGAUUGCUGCAGAAAUAAAGUCUGCUUGGCUUUUGGGAUAUGUUGAGCCAGCUCUGAACCUUG